CUGCCCUGCUCUUUUCCGCCCUGGUGUCCCAGCCGUGAUCCUUAUCCCCUGUCCCAGCCCUGUCCCCCAUCCCUUCUCCCGGCCCUGUCCCCCAUCCCUUCUCCCGGCCCUGUCCCCCAUCCCUUCUCCCGGCCCUGUCCCCCAUCCCUUCUCCCGGCCCUGUCCCCCAUCCCUUCUUCCGGCACUCUCCCAUCUCUUCACCCAGGCCUGAACCCCACACCCUGUCCUAGCCUUGUACCCCAUCUCCUCUCCUAGCCAUGUCCCCCACGCCCUGCCCCAGCCCUGAUCCCCCACCUGAAGUCGCACCUCUCCCACUCCACUGGCUGGCAGCCCCUGGCGUACCCAGAUAACAUGGCACUUGUCAGAUCUGGUAACUCUCCCCAGUGUGCAGAGUCCCAGGGCAAUGCCGGCAGUGUUCAGCCCUUGAGUGCAGGGCUGUUGCACAUAUCCCUGUGUGCUUAGUGUGCCAGGCUCCCAUGCCUUAUAAAACACGUCUGGUGCUCACAGGUGCUGGACACUGUUUUUCAUGGCUGCUUGCCUGUCCCUGUCCCUCCAUCCUUCAUGCCUCAUGCCACCUGUGAGGCUCUGCGUGCUGCCUGCUAUGGGGCUGUCACAGCCCUGGGGUGGCCCAUGGCAUGAUGCCGGUGAUCAGAUUCUGCCCCUUGCGCAUUUUGGGGUGGCCUUGCUUUCUGGUCUGAGUGCACUGUGUGGUUCUGGGCCUUGCUUUCCAGGCUGCUCUUACCCCCUGAGUAGUUGCUUUGGGUUAUUUUACUUUCAUUUUCUCAGGCUGAGUCUCGCUUUGUUUCCUGGUUACAUUUCUUGGAUCCUUUGAAUGAUGUGUCUGCUCUGGAAGGUGUUUGCAACAACUCUCUGCUCAGUUUCAUCUGCACAUUUAAUUACAGUUCAGUAUUCAAGUUAAAGUUUGGGAGAUGGUAUAAAACGAUACCCUGAACUUCAGCUAAGUUGUCUCUUGCCCAGCAAUUCUUCUGAAAUAGCUCCUCUGGACAAGCCAGCAUAUAUCAUCCAGAAGCCCAUUGUGGUGGGUAUGCAGGCUCCUUCACCUGCCAGUUUUGUUCUCCACUAGGCAUAGAAACAGGAUUUAUCCUGUGCCUUGGUUCUGGCUUUGUUGUCCUUUCUUGCACGGAAAAUUAGUGCCUGAUUUGCUCUACCCAUCACCAGGGCCCUGGUUUCUUCUUGGCACUGUGUAUCAGCAGGUUAAUAGGUUCAUCUCUGCACCAGCCGUGCCGGCCAGGUGACUGUGUCUAUGUGGAGAUGCUGUUUUUGCUUUCCCUGCAGCUGUUUUUGCGAGGCCUCUGCCUCAUUUGCAUUUUUCUGGUUAAAACCAGUGAUUUUUCCCUUUUGAGUCAUCUUUAUUUUUGAGCCAUCAUUAAUUUUCUCUCCCUACUUGUUUAUUAAUAGACCUUUUCACUUUUGUGCUGAUUCUGCCUGGGUAUAUUUGUAAAGUCCUUUGUAUUCCCCUUAGUGCUCUGGCUGUUAACUCCUUUUGCUGGUUUGUUGUCCCUUUUUCCCACUGCAGCUGUGAGGGGACACUAUUGACUUACAAAUCAUCUUCCUGUCUGGAAUGUUCCCCUUUUCUUGUUCCAGGUAUCUCCUAAGAGCACCUGUUCCAGGUAUCUCCUAAGAGUAUUGCAAAUGAAAGGCAUGAUUUAAAUCUCUCUUUCUCAGCACCUUUGACACUUUUGCCACCUCCUCAAUGUUUGGUGUGGCUGCUGGAGAGCAUCUUUCUCCUGGCAGCAGGGGACAGGGACGUCUUAAAUCCUACAGGGCUGUGGGCAGACGUUGGAUGGGAUGCAGCUCUUGAAGCGCUUUGCUUUGCCUCAUAACAGCAGCUCUGUGUUCUUGCCUUUGCUCUGUCUGUCUCCACCAGGUAUUCAUGUCCUUCCAUGGCCCCAUCACCUGCUGUUGAGCUGGGUGACCUGGGCUGGAGCUCUGCUGAGAGCAGGAGAGGUGCAGGGUAGCCAGAAUCUCUGACAAUCCUUACCUGGGCUACCAUAUGCUGGUGUUGGUGCAGUAGAUGAGUGUACCAUGGCACGUGCCCGGCAUGGGAUGAGCUCUGCAAGCAGCAGGUUCCCCAGCGGAGCUGUUUAGACUCUCCUUGUACCUACCUUUUUAUUAAUCUUGUUAUUAUAGUUAUUUUUUUCCCCUUCAAAGAGCCCAAUCUGCUGCAGGCUGUAAAGAGUGACAUUGUGGUGCACGAGCUGCAUGCCAAGGCUGCAUGAGGUCUCCCAAGGCUCCUGAUCCCCCAGUAUUGCCAUCCCUGUUCACUAUCAGGGCUUUAAGGUUAUCUACUCUAUCGAUGGGAAUAUGGAUUGAGUGGAAUUAGAAACCUCGAAGGCUAAAAAUACAGCUCCCUGCCAGGAAAUGCGGCAGCCUGCUGAGAGGGUGCUGCGUGGCACCGAAACUUCUCCGGGAACUGGCAUGCUCCACGUGAGCACCACAGCCCAGCAUCCGUGUCUGUUCCCAGGUUGCCUGAGCAGGACUGUGGCCAGCAUCCCUGCCUACAGCAGGAGAAGGUGGCAGGACCCCUGGCUUUGCUGUCAGAGCUGCAAUGGAGGUGUCUUCAUGUGCCAGGCAGGGAUGCAGAUGAUGGAGGAAUUCAGCAGUGCGCUCUGCAUUGGGAAGCAGGGUCUGUGAUGUAGCCAGCCCUGUCUUGCUCUUGUUUGUGGGGCCCUUCCCUGGACGGAUAGAGAAAUCAGGGAGAAAACGCUGCCCGUAUGUGCUGCAGAUGGUUGCUAGAGGAGAAACUCAGGCUGGCACAUCGACUGGGCAGCUCGCUGAGACCUCACAAACAGUGCCAGGAGCACAAGCUCCCCACGAGCAGCGUGAGCAGUGUGUUCCUGGGAACAGUGCGAGGGAAGCCUGUACCUGCAGGGAGCUCUGGCUGCUGCCUUGCUGAUGCUCCAGCAUCCUCCUGGCCAUGCCAGGCUAUGCUGUGCUGGUGGGCUUUAUGUGCCAGGCAGCUGGGCAGCACUCUCAUCACCACUUUUACCAUGGUACCAUGGCCUUUCCCUGCUUGCUGCCACAAUGCGGAUCUGUUUUGCUAGUUGACUUCGUAAAGUAGGACAGCACCUGGGGCAGCCCAGGCCUUUUUGGGGACGUGCUGCCCAUUGUUGCCUGAGUUUGCAGGGCAAGCUUGGUCCCAGACUUUGGAAGUGGGAGGAUUGCCCUGCCCAGUGUAGUGUGAAUGAGACCCAAAGCCAGGGCCAUUGCUCUGCCUCCCAGAGCAUGAAAUAUGUCGGUGCCGACCCGUGGCUGUGGCAUCGAUGAAGUGUGUAAUAGGCUGGGGGCAGGAGCUGUGCUGCCCUGUGGGGAAAAAACAAAGUGCUACAGCAUCCCUGCUGGUGUGGGUCAUCUACCACCUUGACGUGUGUCUUCCCAGGCUGUGGGAAGUGGCUCUUCCCCAGCAGUGUGUGGCAGGCAGAGAUGUGCGGGGAGAGGAUGUGCGGGGAGAGGAUGCUCCCAGCACCAGCCGUCUGGCUAAUGCUGCACCAUCUGCUUUGGAGGGUGAGGCAAGGUGAAUGGCAAGCUUUCGAGGAGCCCAUAAAUCCUGUGUGCAAAGGCUCUUCUUGGAGGUGACAUGGGAUGUGUGUGGAGCAGUGCUGCUCCUGGUUGUUCCCAGUGCUGGAAAUUCUUGGGAAGCAGAGCCUGAAGAGAUCACUGGUGCCCCCAAAGCAUUUGAUGAUGUGCCUGGGAAACAUCCUUUAGCAGAACAUGCUUCAGUGUAGUUGGAAGCUCUCUGUGGUUGGAAAUGGCGAUGCUGGGGGGGCUUCCAGUACCCCCUCCCCUCUGGCAUCCAGACUGCCAUUCGGUGAGAAAAUGUAUAAUGCCUUGGUGUUGAAAAAUUACUAAUCCAGCCCUUGGAAGGUUUGUAGGAUAUGUUCCUUUCUUGUGGUCGAUAAAGAUAAAGGGGAUCGUUCUGCCAGCAAAAUUAGUGUAUCAAAGAGGGGGAAAAAAAUGACAAGAGCUGUGGAGACAGAAAAAUGAUUGGGGCAGCCCUGGGAUGGUGCCCAGCAUCACCGCGGCGCCCGUGCCUGCACCUUGUGUUCCGGCCCACCUCCGCGGCACGAGGUGCAGGCACAGAUGCCGCGGUCAUGCCGGGGGGUACUGCCCUGCUCGGGCUUUUCCAGCGGUUUCCAGAGAGCCAUGAGAGGCUCAUCCGUCAUGCCAAGGCAGCCGUCUGUCUGUCCAUCAGGAAGAGGGGAUGAUGCCGUGUGGCAUGGGCAGCCUCAGCCACUUUCCAGCCAGUGGUUGGCCUCCCGUCGCCUUCCUGGCACCGCUGCUGGCUCUUGGUGAGGGGCUACGAAGAGCAUUUGUGCCUGGGUCAGGGGCUCCGUGGAGGGGAGGCUAAUGUACCGGAGGUGCCUCGGAAAUGAGAGCCUUGGAUGGGUUCCUGGCCCUAUUGAUCUGCCGGCAGUUUAUGCAUCCUGACAUUCAUAAUCUCGGUCGGCGCUGAUGGUCCAGAUUAAUGGGCCCAGGGGCUGUCCAUCCGUCACUUCACAUUAAUUACUGAAGAGGUGUUUUUCCAGUGAUUUACCUGACAGUGGCCCGUGAUGAAUCCCCCUAAACGGAGUGGGCAGUGAUUAAUCACGGGGCCCCGGCCCAGCCCCACUCUGCCUUCCCCUCAACCACAGUGCAGCCCCCAGCACCAUCCGUCUCCAUAAACCCUGUCUGAUGCAUAUUUAUAGGGGCAGGGAGGCCUGGCCGCUUGCGGUGUGCCUGCUUCUGCCAAAGAUGAUGAAAAAUAAAUCUCUGUCUGGAUGGGGCAGCAGGUGAGCAGGGCUGCAGUGUGCCAGGGUGGCAGCCGUGGUCCCACACCAGGGUAUCCCUGGGCUGGGGUUUGGUUUCUGGUGUUCUGUGGCUGCCGCUGGCUUCUCUGUGGUUUUUGAUGCAUGAGUAGUGCAUGAUCUCUAUGUUCUGCUUUGGGUGCAGAUGUGGGCUCUUUGGGCUGGAGUGUCCCAGGUAGCAGCUGCCAGAGGAGGGCAGGUGCCCCAGUGAUGCUGACAGGGUUUCCCUACUUCCCCCAAGCCUGACACACCCCACCAGGGCUGUAGGGGGUGUAUAGGGCUGUGGGGUGCUCUGGGUGCCAAACCCCAUUUGCAGAUAAGCUACCGUGGGGCAGCGUUAGGGCUUCACAAUCCAUCACUGUGUGCAGCUGCUGGGGGAGCAAAGGGUGGGUGCUGGGCUGGAACCCCAACUCUGACCCAGGCAGGGGCUGCUCACUGUGUACUCUGCUGUGGGGCUGCUGGGACAUGGGCAGGGCAGUGACGCUGUCUCUCCUUGGCAGGCAGCGGUGGCACCAUGCAGCAGGAGGCGGAGGGCAGCCGGCCGCGCCGCAGGAAGCCUGACAUGGCCCUCUAUGUGCCCAAAGCACGGCGGGAGAGAGAGGCACAAGCAGCGGGCAGUGCCCUGGUCUGGCACCACCAGGAGCCUGCGAACCACCGCCUGGCACAGGACUCUUGCCAGGGCAGUGGCAAGGGGCAGAGGCGAAGCCCCCGUUCCACAGCACAGUCGGGCAGAGUGCUCUCAGGGGGUGAGAAGCACCAGGAGAGCCUGCAGUCACCCCGCUUCGACUACUACAGGGCUGAACCCACUGCUCCGGACAUCAGCGAUGAUGAGCUGCCCCACGUCAUCGAGAUCUACGAUUUCCCCUCGGAUUUCUGCACUGAGGACCUAAUGCGUGUCUUCUGCAGCUAUCAGAAAAAAGGCUUUGAUAUUAAAUGGGUGGAUGAUACACAUGCCCUGGGCGUCUUCUCCAGCCCCAUAACAGCACGUGAUGCCCUCAGCACCAAGCACCUCAUGGUGAAGACGCGUCCGCUCUCCCAGGGCACCCGCGCCUCUAAAGCCAAAGCCAGGGCAUAUGCUGAGUACCUGCAGCCAGCCAAGGAGCGCCCUGAAACAUCAGCUGUCCUGGCCAGGCGGCUGGUGAUCGGUGCCUUGGGGGUACGCAGCAACCAGACUCCAGCCCAGCGAGAUGCAGAGCGGAGGAAGCUGCAAGAAGCUCAAGAGAGGAAGCGCCUGGAAAACAAGCAGCGGGAGGAUGCCUGGGAGGGCCGAGACUGAGCCAGGAGGCUGCACUUUCAGCCCCACUGGAAACCCCCCUGGGGUGCCUGGACCCCUCUCUGUAGGCAGGCAGGGCACUCUGCAUCUCAGAGCUGGGACAGAUACUGCACCACAUCCAAAAGCACUGGGCAGCUCCACCGAAAGGGCUGAGCAGGACGCAUGCAGGAUUGUUGCUGUGGGGAUGCUGUUGCCAUCAGGCAUCACUGCCCACCCUACCCCAGGCAGGACCCCCAGGGCUGCCAGCUGCAGCAGGAGCAGCAGGGGGGUGCAGGGAACUCAUCAGAGAGCAGGGGGGCUGUGUGGGGCGGCCCUGGCCACCUGGCAGGGCCUUGCAAAUGAGAGUUUCUCUCCUUUAUUUUGCUAAUAAAUACCAUAUAUUUUA